CGGAAACCAAGAUGUUGUGGAAGAGUUUAACGCGCCUGGAGAAGAACUCGGACCACUGCAGGACCUGUAGGCUACAGUACAUGUCUAUGCUGUCACCGACGAUCAAGUCCGGGGAGAGCUCGUGCAAGGACUGCCACGAGGCAGAGCGGAACGCGGCGAAGACAGGGGCCGAUAACAAGGAAGCGAAGGCCAAGAAGAGAACCUCGUGGAGGUACUGGCCAGAAUGUGGGGCGAGUAACACAACGGCCAAGCAGCAGAACCAAAACGACAAGCCCGUAAACGACAGAGCCACUUCCCGGAGGCCCUCUCCUUCAGAUGUGCAGCAGAAGUCAGAGCAAUGUCACAAACCGUCAAAGGGUGG